AUGUUCGCAACCUGCUGUAUCGGAGAUCAUGCCAAUACACGGCGGCAGAGCGGACUUGUGGAUGCCUCUGUCCUCGAAGCUGAUCUCGUCGCGAGGGUGAAGAGCUUCGCGAAGCGGUAUCCGAACAGCAGGACAGCCCAGGCUUGCAAGGCUGUGGAGGGAUGCACCCCCGACGCUAUCGCAGAAGCCAUCCGCUCGACAUGUCAGCAGGCACGACGUGAGCUUCUACAAGAAGCGAUGACUGGAUGGAGUGACGCAUCCAGAGAGUGGUUUAUGCAGCAGAUUGAAGAAGCCAAGAAGGAGAAGGUCGAGACAUACACCGCCUCAGCAGGCAACGAGGUGACUUCCUUCAUCUCCAUGACUCUCCUGGGCAUCUCCUCGGUGUAUGUCAACCAUGAAGAGAAGCUGAAGAAGAAAUUUGAAGAGAUCGGACUGAUCGUAGACUCAGUGCAAGAGAGUAAAGCAAUCAUGUGGAAGGCUCCGUAUAGACCCGAGAUAGCGAGUGCUGAGGAGAUCCCGGUGACUGUUUCCUUCCUCCGCAAUGCACAAGCGGAGAAGCUCUGGCAGGGAAGAGAGGACUUCGCGAUCGAUGGUCGCAAGUUCACAGCUGUACAUGUGAGCAUCGUGCACGAUAGAUCUUUCAAGAUUCGAGCCAAGAGAGGACCCUGGGGCAAAGGGGGCAGCUUGGCAGAGCUGACUCACCUGCUAACCUUGGGCGGCAUGACAACGGCUGAGAUAGCUGCCGUCUAUCGCUAUCAGCUGCUGCGCCAGUCCCUUGCAGCGGUCCAACUCCAGCCGCUGGCAGGCAUGCUGGUCGCUGGGGCGCCAGGACAGCAAGUCCACAAAGGCUUAGGUCAGAAAGGCUUCAUCGCUGUAGGGGCCAACGUCAUCUGGAGACAGAGGGAGGUGGAGUGGAUCGUCUCCUCGAGCUGCCCAGAGGCGAAUGAUACAGCAUUUCGAGCUUUCCGAGAGAGCGAAGCGAUGGAGGGAGUACACCUGACUCUGUUCAGCGAGGACCCGAAGAUCAGAGAGGCGCUCGCAGUCGAGUUGACAGCUGAUCGCUUUGUGUCCAGAAAUAAGUUGAAGAAGGCAUCAAGGAUGCAGAAGAAGGCAGGCGGCAAGGACGGCAAGGAGAUCAAGAUCAUCAUCAAGUCGACGGCGGCAUCUGGUCGCUUCACGAGGAAGGAGAUGGAGGGGCUGUGCAACGGCGGCAACACGUCUAUCGCAAGAGUCAAGAGAGUCUUGUUGGAGAUCGCUAACAGGCUCGAGAUCAACGUUGAAGGCAUCGACAUGGAGGAGGAUUUGAACACCAAGUCCUGGAACGGGUCCAAGCUAUGCAUCCUCCUUGGCUCCACGGAGGAUGCUCGACGCAUGAUGAAGGAGCUGCCCUUCUAUCUCGAAGGCGCAGCAACCAAGCUCGAAGCAGUCGGCUUCGACAAGGAGCCUGACUCUGAGGCGGCUGCAUCUCCGUCAAGCCAAGAGGACAUGCAGCUCGUCAGCGAGCUGUCAGCAGUCAUCGAAGAUGCAGCUUCUUUGAACGAGGCGGGGACGAGCGAGCCGAUCAAGCUGGUCCUGGACAAGGCCGUUGGCAACCUCCACGACACCUUCUACUCUCCGGGGAGCCUGGAGUUCAUGUCGCUGGGAGAGUGGGCGAAGAUGCCAGAGGAGCAGGGAGUUGGGCGCAACGUUCUCAAGGAGAAGCUGGGGAAGUGGCUGCAGAGCAAGCGCUGGAGGCCAAGGUGGCGACCGAAGGCCAAGGUGAGGAGAGGCAACUCUUCUGACUGA